AUGUCAGUUUAUAAAUGGCCUCAAAGAGCUCUAAAGGAUUGUGAGCAAAUGAUAAGAAAUUUUCUUUGGACUGGAGAUCCUUCAAAAAGAAAGAGUGUUGUGCUUAAAUGUGACAAAGUUUGUUCUCCAUUUGAAGAAGGAGGUCUUGGCUUGAGAAGACUAGAGAUUAUGAAUAAGGCAUUGCUUAUGAAAUUUUGGUGGAAAAUACAAAACAGCAAGGAAGAUUGGGCUAUAUUUUUUCAAGAAAAAUUCAUUACAAAAAAAGGGGACUGGAUUGGAUAUUAUAAGAAAUCUUCUAUUCUUCCUGGCUUGAAAUGGAUCUCUGAAGAUGUGCAAAAAUUCACAACAUGGAUAGUUGGCACUGGAUCAAAAAUAUCAGUUUGGAAUGACACUUGGAUAAAGGAUAAACCUUUGUGUGAAUUAUAUCCUGAUAAUGCAUAUCUUAAUGAAUUCCCUGUCAUGAAAGUUGAAAACCUAAUAGUUGAUAAUGAAUGGGUUAUGCCUUCUGAACUUCUUGAUAUGGUUUUAAUUAAUGAGCUACCUGUACUCAGUUUGGAGGAAGACAAAAGAAUCUGGAGUGGCACAAUUACUGGGGAUUUCUCUGUUUCUUCUGCAGUUGAGUGUAUCAGAACAAAGUAUUCAAAAGUGAGUUGGGUACAUCAGGUAUGGAAUUACUCAAUUUAUCCAAAUAUUUCAAGCAAUAUCUGGAAACUUAUAAGAAAUAUUUUCCCAACUGAUGAAAAAAUGAAAACUAAAAAAUUUCAACUUGCUUCUAGAUGUUGUUUUUGUAAGAAAGAUGAGGAAACUCUAAUACACAUUCUAUGGAAAUGCAACUAUAGUGAGCUAAUUUGGAAGUGGUUAGGAGGGAUGUUUAAUUUCAAGAAUCUUAAGUCCUUUGAUGAAGUCUUUAGUUUUGCAAAACAUAAAAGUCCCGCAGUUGGUGAAAUAUGGAGAUAUGCUGCUUUCAUUACUCUCAGGGAACUGUGGUUUCAAAGAAAUAGAAGUGUUUAUGAGGAUGAAGUCUUCAAUGAACAAAAUAUUAAAUCAAGAAUCCUGAAACUUACUGCUGAAGAAGAAAUUAGAAUGAAACAGCUCAUGUGGAAUACUGCAUAUGAUCUGCAAAUGCUAAAAAAGUUUGGUAUGAAAUGCAGAAGGGUCAAGACUUGUGUUGUUAAAGAGAUUUCCUUCAAAUUGCCUCAGAAGAAUCAACUUCUCUUGUGUUGUUAUGGGGCUUCAAGGGGGAACCCUGGGAAUUCAGGUUAUGGGAUUAUGGCCAGAAAUGAUAAAGGAGAAGUGGUGGUAGCUAUAGAAGGAGGUCUGGGAUUGCUACUAAUUUCUUUGCGGAAAUUAUGGCAAUUCUUUGUGCAGGAGAAUGGGCUAUCCAUAAUGGUUUCAGAAUCAUUCUUUUCAGUACAGACUCAAAAGCAGCAAAAUUUGAGAGUUCCUUGGUUUGCAAUUGAUAGAUGGAAGCAAAUCUGCAACAUUGCUACCAAAUGUGAGUUUCUUCAUAAUUACAGAGAACUGAACUUCUCUGCAAAUUAUCUAGCUAACAGAGGAGCAACUAUGCAGAGAGGAGAUCAACACAUAUACACAAGCAAACCUCCCUUCCUUGUAAAUCUUGAAAAUGAAAAGCAGAAGUACUUUAGGACAGUUUAG